AUGUCAGAUCCAGGCCGGACCCUGAGCUUUGCUGAGCGAAGAGGCAGCACCUUGAGCGAAGAGCUCAUCCUUGACACAUCGGCCUCCAUGUCAGACCCUCGCUUAGCCAAGAUGACCCAGUCUCGACAUGUGCGAGGGCCACCGACGCCCAGUAUGUCGACGCCUGCUGCCGAUUUCGACCAACAGCUCGUGGGAUCGCCGCCCCCACCUCCCACACCCGCAGCGUCUCCAGGUCCUUCACAUUGUCAGCCUGAUUGGAGUGGCGCGGCUGAUGACGAGGACUUCUUCCUCGCCAAGGUUAGGCAGCACUUUAAGAACUGCUCUGGUCCCCAGCGAACCCGCAUUCUCGCCGAUCUCUUGAAUCUAUGCACCAGUCCGCAACUGAGCUUCGUCCACCAACAUGUCAGCCCUUUGCUGAAAAAAGACCCUUUCACCAGUUUGCCAGACGAGCUCUGCCUACGAAUUCUCUCGUUCAUUGACGACCCCAAGGUUCUUGCGCGGGCAUCGCAAGUGUCCCCACGGUGGCGCGACCUACUGAGCGACGAUAUGACUUGGAAGAAUCUCUGCUUGAAGCACGACUACCGACGUCAUGUCAUGGGGGUCUGGGCUAUGGUCCCAUGGGGAGACACGCUGGUCAGCGGUGGGUGCGACAGAGACGUGCGCGUCUGGGACCUUCGCACAGGACACUGCCUGCACACAUUGCGCGGACACACCUCGACUGUUCGGUGCCUCAAGAUGGCGGACGAGAACACCGCCAUCUCGGGCUCGCGUGACACCACCUUGCGCAUCUGGGAUAUCCGCUCUGGCCUGUGCCGUAAUGUCCUGGUGGGGCACCAAUCUAGUGUCAGAUGCCUCGAGAUCCACGGUGACAUUGUCGUAUCAGGUAGCUACGAUACGUUCGCCAGAGUGUGGAGCAUUUCCGAAGGUCGUUGCCUGCAAACACUCCAAGGUCACUUCAGCCAGAUUUACGCCAUUGCCUUUGACGGAAAGCGCGUCGUGACCGGCAGUCUGGACACGAAUGUCCGAAUCUGGGAUCCUUUCACUGGCGAAUGUCUUGCCAUUCUCCAGGGUCAUACAUCGCUCGUCGGCCAGCUACAGAUGCGUGGCGACACCUUGGUCACGGGCGGGUCUGAUGGGUCUGUCCGCGUGUGGUCUCUAGAGAAGAUGUGUCCCAUUCACAGGCUUGCUGCACACGACAACAGCGUGACCAGUCUGCAGUUUGACGACACCCGAAUCGUCAGCGGCGGUAGCGACGGACGCGUCAAGAUUUGGGAUCUGAAAACUGGACUCCUUGUGCGUGAGCUGAUUGCUCAAGGUGAAGCUGUGUGGCGCGUUGCUUUUGAAGCUGAGAAAUGCGUCGCCCUUGCCCUCAGACAAGGCCGGACUGUGAUGGAGGUCUGGACUUUCACUCCGCCUGACGAGGUGAUCUUUGAUCGGCCGCCGACUAUCCAACAGCGCGUGCUCGAGGAUGAUCCAAGUCGACCUCUAAGCGCAAUGGUGGUUGAUUACACCGAGCCCUCCUCUUCAGGGUCCAGCUCCCAGGCGGCAAAUCAAGACCAGGAUAUCGACAUGACAGAAGCUGAGGCUGGUCCUUCCACUGGCAACAAAACGUUCUUCCACGAAGACUGA